AUGGCUCCAAAAAGUGCCAAAUUGCCGGUGGCCUCGCAUGCCAAAGAGCAGCAAAAUGUUACAAUCGAAGAUCUGCUCUUUCCAAGGACCACGAUUGCGAAUUUAGCGAAAGAUAGUGUGCUACUGGGAUCGCAAAAGGACGGAGCACAAGAGAAAGACGGCGACGACCAAGACGAACAAAAAAAGGUGGUUCUUUCAAAAGAUGCCGUGACUGCACUCCAGCGAGCGGCUACGGUAUUUGUGAACUAUUUGAUGGUUAUGUCGCGAGAGGGAGCCUCUUUCCAAAAUCGGAAAAGCUGCAACGUCGACGAUGUAUUGGCAGCUCUGGACCAUUGUGGGCUCGAGGGUCUCUCUGCUCUGGUCAGAGAGCGUCUUGAUGAAUAUAACAAAGCACUUGAACUGCGGAAACUGGACAAGCAACAACAAGACGUGCAAACAGAGCCAGAAACCAAGCCUGAUGACGAGGUUCAAGACACACAGGAUGACUCUGAACUCCCAGAUCCAGCAGCAGUUCCAACAACCAAAAAGCCAAAAGUCGAUGGUUGA